GGGCAAAAUCAAAACUGUGGAAACGUUUUGAAUGAUAUGAAACACUCGUGACAAAAACAACAACAACAACGCGUGAGCACUUCCGGAUUCUGGAUGGAGCUGUCAAGCGCAUAACACCGCCUUCUUGUUUUUGGCUGAGAAUCGCUUCGUCAUCAACUUAUUUCAUUUGCUCUCAACAACACGACACACUAGUUGGAGAAAAACAAGCCAAACAAUCCCACGCCGUUUUAAAAAAAAUGAUGUUAGCUUGGUAGGCGUCCUAGUAGCCAUGUUUGCUAGCUAACAUGGCCAGCUAGCUCGGUGCUGCUGAUGUAGGCGCCAACGCGGUUGACUUUAGUUUGGCUGGGUUCCUAAAAAAAUUGCCUGGUGUUAUUUUUGCGACAAUCAUGAGCGAAGGGGGCGUUUUCCACGAGAAGCAGCGUCUGGAGCUGUGCGCCAUCCACGCGCUCAACAACGUGCUGCAGGAGCGGGUGUUUACCAAAGAGACGGCCGACGAGAUCUGCAAAAGGCUGGCUCCACAGUGUGUGGUCAACCCACAUCGCUCAGUGUUCGGCACGGGCAACUAUGACGUCAAUGUCAUCAUGGCGGCGCUCCAGAGCAGGGAGCUGGCAGCCGUGUGGUGGGACAAACGCAGGACGGUCCAGAGUCUGUGCAUCUCCAAGGUUCAGGGAUUCAUCCUGAACGUCCCUUCGUGCGUCUCGCUCGGCAUCCUUUCCCUGCCGCUGCUGCGGCGGCGCCACUGGCUCGCCGUCCGCCAAGUCAACGGGCAGUACUACAACCUGGACUCCAAGCUGAAGAGUCCCGUCUGCAUCGGCGGGGAAGCGGAACUACGAACGUUUCUCAGCGAGCAGCUCUCUCAAGACGUAGCGGAGAUGCUCCUGGUGGUGCCGCGGGAGGUGGAGGAGGACGGCUCCUGGCUGAACCCCGACGCCGCCGGUGAGGGGGCGAACAGUAUGGCUUGAGAGCAAAACAAAGGACUUUUUGUUUUGUUUUGGGUUUUUUUUUUAACACACUUCAUGCCAGGAAAGUAUUCAGGGAACAAACUUGAAAUGACUAUAUGGGCCAAAGAGAAGCUCGUUUGGAAAGCUUUUGAACAUUUUUUCCAUGUCCUUGAUAUCCAAUUUAAGGUCCAUGCACUAGUGCACUCUUUGUCCUCACUAGUAAGACAAAUCAGCAUUCUACCACUUGUUGAUGUCUGCCUGUUACUAGUACUACAAGGUCGUAGGUGUCUCGAAGAAUUUGAUGUCACUUGACGUUUUAGUAGCUCGCAGUUAUCGACGAGCGCACAUGCAGCUAUCGUACGAGUGUGCCAAAGAGUCCACUACUCGUACAUGGACCCGUCGCUGGAUAUCAAGGAUGUGAACGAAAUGCACGACCGGCUUUCUAAUACGCUUGUGCACGGGUGACGCCAAGAUCCGAUGAUUGUAACUUUUUCCUCUGCAGCUAAAGUGGGAAGCCAUCUGAGACUCAACGCUUAAACGGUUUCGUGGUACAAAGUGCCGACAUGAUGUCAUCAUAUUCAUACUACUAAGAAUAAUAACAGUGAUGGCUCAUGAUUGUAAUGAAGAAGACUCAUUCCAAAACACUGAAACUGUUUGGUCUUUGUUUCUCGCGAUGCAAAACUGUGCUCGAGUCGUCAUCGCCACGUUACCGGUACAAGUGAAACACGCCAUGUUUAUUCGGUUUUUAUUCCGCUCUUUGUCUUCGCGGCACAGGUGUCAACUGGCGAACAGUUUUACUUCAGUCGUUGUCCAACUUGUUUGCCAAGUGCCCUACAAGUGUGGACAAAGAUCGUGUGCGCAACCGAUACCAUGACAGUCAAGCUAGUAACGUAUCAAAACAACAGCAAUGAAUUGGCUCAGUCACACGGCCGUUCCCGGUGUCUCCUAUCGAUCUAUGCAUAGCCGACGUGCGUGUCCGUCUGUGGUGCGCACUUGUGACUUAUUGACUGACAACCUAAGUUUUUAUCUUUGACAUGUGUUUGUAAUAAACUUUGGUUGUUGUUUUAACA